GAUGGAGGAUGUGCUGGACCUAGGCGAGGAGCGGCGCCGCGGCCCGGCCACCUCCGGAGCCAAGAUGGGUCGCCGAGCUCAACAGGAGUCAACUCAAGCCGAGAAUCACCUCAGUGGCAAGGAUUCUUCUAUUUUGACUGGAGAGGCUCCCCCUCCCAAACCACCCCGCCGGCAAGGAGGCUGGGCAGAUGAAUCUAUGAAGGCUUCAAAAUCAGGAAGGAAGGCUUCUGAAGAAGUGGAAGAUCACCGCCUCAGACAGAAGAGCCUGGAUGGAUCAGAUGACGAAGGAGAUAUUCUUGUUAUUCCGGAUCUGGAAGAAGUACAGGAGGAAGACUUUGUUUUGCAGGUGGCAGCCCCUCCCAGCAUCCAGGUAAACCGGGUGAUGACCUACCGUGACCUGGACAAUGACCUCAUGAAAUACGCAGCCUUUCAGACCCUGGAUGGAGAGAUCGACCUGAAGCUCCUCACCAAAGUACUCGCACCAGAGCAGGAAGUUCGGGAAGACGAUGUCAGCUGGGACUGGGACCAUCUGUACACUGAGGUGUCCUCGGAGCUCCUCACUGAGUGGGACCUGCUGCAGACAGAGAAGGAGGACCCUGUGGAACAGUCCACAAACACCUGAGCCCUUGGGGCACAGCGGACCACUCUCCCUGCGCAGAGUAACCUCUGCUUGGACUUAAAAAAUGCAAUAAGCCUAAAACUAAAAAAGCUUGCAAACAGCUUCGAAUUUUCAUAUGGAAUAUUUUGUAGUAAAAAUAUUUAUUUUCAGGAGACCACAUGGGAUCAUUGAGUUGUAAUAAAUUCCUGUUU